AUGACUCCUGGUCGUUGUGCAGCUCUUAUCGAGCAUUGCUACUACUGCUUUCUGGUGAUCGAACACAAACUUAAUCCACGCUCUACACCCGAACCGACGCCUCCGUUUGCUGAUGAUGGACAAGAGUAUCCACUGUUUGUCACUUGGAACAUCUUGGCGACCAGCUCGCGCACGACAGCGACGCCUCGGUUGAGAGGCUGCAUCGGAACGUUUGAGCCACACGCACUUGCUCAGGGUCUCGCCGAGUAUGCCAGCAUAUCGGCGUUCAAGGACAGUCGGUUCUCACCCAUUUCGCCGAGCGAACUCUCGCAUCUCGAGUGCGGCGUUUCAUUGCUGACCGACUUUGAGGAAUGCGACGACCAUCUGGACUGGCAGGUGGGCGUGCAUGGCAUCUACAUCCAUCUACCCAACCCGGCAUUGACGCGCAAGUCGUUACUUGCCGAAGACAGCGCUAGCUCGUCGAGCGGAUCGGGUACGAGUACACCAGCUCCCACCUGGAACAACGGGCGCUUUGCCAGUCGGCGCUAUUUGACCGCCACGUACCUGCCGGAUGUGAUCCCGGAACAAGGCUGGUCCAAGCUGGACGCUAUCGAUUCAGCUAUAAGAAAAGCCGGCUUUACUGGAAAGAUCACCGCCGACGUCAGGAACUCGUUGAGCGUCACCAGGUAUCGCUCCGACAAAGUGUCGUGCACCUACGAUCAGUUUGUCGCAUGGAAGCAGACGCUUUGA